CCGUAGCUCGUCCCUUAGUCUCUAUGGUAGCGCCUGUGUCGCAAGCGACGGGUGGCUGCAGCCGCCGAGGAAGAGUGACGCUUCCAACUUACUGUAGUCAUCUGUGAGGUAGUGGGGUCGGAGGGUAGCGAUGUCAGAAAAAAAACAACCGGUAGAUUUGGGUCUCCUAGAGGAGGACGACGAGUUCGAGGAGUUCCCUGCCGAAGACUGGGCUGGUUUGGAUGAAGACGAAGAUGCCCAUGUCUGGGAAGAUAACUGGGAUGAUGACAAUGUAGAGGACGACUUCUCCAAUCAGUUACGAGCUGAACUAGAGAAACAUGGUUAUAAGAUGGAGACUUCAUAGCAUCCAGAAGAAAUGUUAAAGUCCCCUCCAUUUGAACAGUGUACUAAAUUCUACGACAAGUAACUCAGAAUAGAAUGCUUUUAAAAAUGUUUAUUCCAUUAUUUGCUUGAAUUUUUGAAACAAAAAAAUAAAUGUUUUGAUCUAA